GAGUUAAGCGUGGAUGAUUUAUUUUUUAGUUUAGCGGAUAAAACUAAUUUAUAACUUUCAGCUUUUGUUUUUUGAACACUGAGAAAGAAUAUAUUUGCCUUUUCAUUAUUAGUAUAAUAAAUAAGCCAUCAAAGUUGGGGAAUUUUGUCCGUUUGGGGCCUGUAAAGACAUAUGCUAACUUAGCUAACAUUACGUUUAUGUGUUCAGCUAACAGCUAACGUCGCUUUUAGUAGCACAAACUAGCCAAAGACAACUGAACUGGUUUCACUAUUUAAUGUUUGCGAUCCUUUUAAACAGAUAAAUACCGUUAUCACAGCUAACGUUGACUCUGGCGGUGGUUGUGGGAAAGGUCGGCUGCAUCUAAAAUGAUCAUUGAAAACCUCGAUGCCUUGAAAACAUGGCUGUCUGAAACGUUGGAGCCUAUCUGUGAUGCAGACCCUUCUGCCCUCGCCAAGUAUGUUGUUGCUUUGGUGAAGAAAGACAAAAGUGAAAAGGAACUUAAGGCUCUGUGUAUAGACCAGUUGGAUGUAUUUCUACAGAAAGAGACCCAACCAUUUGUGGAUAAGCUGUUUGAAGCUGUUAACAACAAAAGCUACCUCCCACAGCCAGAGCAGCCACCCCCUCUGGGCAAAGCUGAUAAAGAUGAGCAGAAGAAAGAUGAGACAAAUCGGGAAGAAGAACGAGAGAAGAAGUUUUCUCGGCGACUAACUCACAGCCCUCCACAAUCAAGCUCUCGUUACAGUAGAGAAAACAGGAGAGGAGAUGACCGAAAGAGAGACGAGCGCUCCAGGAAGAGGGAUUAUGAUCGCAACCCACCAAGGAGGGACUCAUAUCGUGAUCGCUACAAUCGCAGAAGAGGUCGCAGUUACAGUCGUAGUCGCAGUCGGAGUUGGAGCAAGGACCGCAUCCGAGACCGUGACAGAGAGAGGGACAGGGAUAGAGACAGGGACAGAGAUAGGGAUCGAGAUCGUAGCAGGAGCCGGUCCCAUAGCAGAACUCGAUCUAGAAGCAGGAGCAGAGAACGAGACUCAGGAAAGUUGAAAUAUGACCACGAUCGCGUGGACAGGGCGGAAAGUGGUGAUUGCUACACCCCGGCAGCCCUGGUCUCCUCUGCAACCACUUCACACUUCCCUGUGCCAGCACUCAGCAGCGCCAUUACAGUUAUCGCCCCCACACAUCAUCACAGCAACAACACCACUGAGAGUUGGUCAGACUUCCACCCUGAGCACCCUGUGGAUCCCGGUCCUUUUAGUAGAGGACCACCUCCUCAACAGAGGAAGCGAUGCCGUGACUAUGAUGAGAAGGGCUUCUGCAUGAGAGGGGACAUGUGCCCUUUCGACCAUGGAAAUGACCCAGUUGUAGUAGAAGAUGUCAAUUUGCCCAGUAUGUUGCCCUUCCAACCUCCACCCAUGCCAGGUGUGGACCCACCACCGCCCCCAGGCCUCCCACCACCACCACCUCUCAUGAACCCCCCACCUGUGAACUUGCGACCCCCUGUGCCCCCACCAGGCACUCUCCCACCCAGCCUUCCACCUGUUGCAGGUCCCCCUCCCCCGCUUCCUCCGCUGCAACCAUCAGGCAUGGAUGCUCCUCCUAAUUCCAUCACCAGCUCUGUUCCGACCAUUGUCACCUCUGGGAUGCGCUCCUCCCUUCCUCGGGCCUCAGUGCCGCUUUUCAACUCUGACAAUUAUGAGACAGAUGUGUACAAUCCUGAGUCUCCCAGCAUCACCAGUACCCCCAGACCAGUCUACCGCCACCGGGUCAAUGCCCAGAGACCCAAUCUGAUUGGUCUCACAAUGGGGGAGGUGGACCAGCCACAGAGAGACAAGGUUCCUAACAACAGUAUUAGGAUUGUUAUGGAAUCUGAUUCGAGGAAGAGGCCAGCAAUCCCCCAUGACGGAGGCCCUCCUUCCAAGAAACCUUGGUUUGACAAGCCCACCUUUAACAAACCCAAUCACCAGGGCUACCACAAAAGAGUCCCUUUCUCUGCUAAUAGCAAGCUGCUGGUUCGGCAGAUUCCCCCUGAGCUCAACAACAUCAGCAAACUCAAUGAACAUUUCAGCAAGUUUGGCACCAUCGUCAACCUACAGGUGGCCUACCAGAAUGACCCAGAGGGAGCACUGAUCCAGUUUGCCUCUCCAGAUGAGGCCAAGCGGGCUAUGCAAAGCACAGAGGCCGUUCUCAACAACCGCUUCAUCAAAGUCCAUUGGUUUCGUGAUGAUGGGACUGAUGGACAGAGCCGGUCUCAUGCGCAGGCACAGCCUCAGUCACAACCCACCACGCAGCCCUCAGCAGCAUCUCUGAAGCACUCUAUCAAAGAUCGCCUUGGACCUGUUCUCCCUGCAAACUUUGAGCCAUCCCAAGAUUCCAGUGUAGCCUCACAGAAUCCCUCUAAAGUGUCAGUGAAGGACCGUUUGGGUUUCUCUGCCAAACCUGCAACUCCUGUUGAAAAAGUGUUUUCGACAUCCAUGGGCCUCACAAAAACUGUAUACAAUCCUGCUGCCCUGAAGACUGCUCAGAAACCAUCAGAGGAAGCCCUGAAAAAGAAGCAGGAAGCCCUAAGAUUACAGCAGGAUGUAAGGAAGAAGAAGCAGGAAAUAUUGGAGAAACACAUAGAGACACAGAAGCUCUUGAUUUCCAAACUUGAGAAGAACAAAGCAAUGAAGGCAGAGGACAAAGCCAAGAUCAUGGAAACUUUGGACAAGUUAACCAAGAGCAUCACCAAACUACAAGAGGAGAUAAAGGGGAUUUCAGGCAGCAACAACAACCCGCUACGCACUGUGAAGAGCAAGGCCCAGGCUCAGAAGGAACUGCUGGACGCAGAGCUGGAUCUCUACAAGAAAACGCAAGCUGGAGAAGACACUGCUUUGCUGAAGAUAAAGUAUACCCAGCUGCAGAUUGAGGCGGCUAAGAGGGGACUCCUGUCUCCAGGACGAGGCCGAGGAAUCCACAUCUGGGGCCGUGGUGGUCUCAGGGCCCGGGGACGGGGCUCAAGAGGGCGUGGAAGAGGCGUACCAGUGCAUGCAGUUGUGGACCAUCGACCACGAGCACUGGAGAUUUCUGGUUUCACUGAAGCAGAUCAUGUAGACUUGCUACCGCACUUUGCUCAAUUUGGAGACAUUGAAGAUUGCCAGAUUCAUGAAAGCAACCUGUCUGCAGUCAUCUCCUACAAGACUAGAGCAGAGGCAGAACAGGCAGCUCUUCAUGGAGUGAGAUUCAAUAACAAGAUUUUACGCCUGGCCUGGCAUAAGCCUGUCACGACACUCAGUACUGCAGAUGCUGAUGAGGCGGAACCAGAGGAGGAUGAGUACCCGGAAGAGUCGCUGAGUGACAAUGCAUUGCUGCAGGACGAUGAUGAGGAAGAAGAUGACAACGAGCCGCGCUCCUGGCGCAGAUGAAGAUCAGUCAGAUGCCUCCUCCCUGGUUUCCAAGAAACAGAAGACAAGCAACAGUCCAGCAACUUCACAACAUUUCAGUGCCUGUUUAUAAAUCAACAAGGCACAUUUCACUCUGGCUAGACCCCCUCACCCCCCUCCCACACCUCAUAUACAGACAUGUAACUGGCAGAAGAACCAUGUGAGAGUUUGAUUAAUUUUAGUGUGUGUAUACCACUAAUUUCUUUUUAAAAAUGCUCUUAAUGUAGAAAUAGUUCUCUUAUUUUUAUUAUUUUUUUUCACAAAAUGCAUAAUUUGUCUGUACAUGUGAUGGCUAAUUACAUAAAGAUACAUUUGUUAAACUGUUUCAGAAAACAAAACCUAUGUUGUCUAUAAAUGAAUGACAGACUAGUUUUUGCAAGGUAGUAUUAGGUUAAAUGCUCAUGUGUAAAUAUUUUAUGUCUAGGGUUAAAUGAUUUGUAUGAAAGCUUGGCUUUUCAGUUUUUGGCUUUAUUUUGGAUUGUACAAAAAAUAAAGAAUUGAAAUGGUCUGAAAAAUCCUGCCCAAAACAA